AUGCCGGGUGCAUUGAUCUUUGACCGUGGGUGCUGGACAGACGUUGAUACUCUGCUCCAGGUCUUCAACACGGCACGGAAUGCACGCUGGGGCGUGAGGCAGCUGCUACGCGCAGCGAAAGCCGAUAACAAGGGACGGAUCAGGCUUUUGGGCAUUGAUGUCCCCAUGAAGGACACCCUGGGCCAGCCGCUAUUCCCUGUGCGGGUGAGGAUGGCCCAAGGGCACAACUCCAAGCUCAUCGGCAAUAACCCGGACGCGGACUUCUUCCUCGCGACCAGGUUCUACAGCGGGGGGGUCACCGUACUCUCCCGCGAGGAUACCCCCCCGAAACUCUUCCACCGCACGAAUGAAAAGGGGAUGAAGGGGAUCCUCCGCGAUGGCAUGAUCGCCGGUUCCGCAAGGUCAGACAGGUCCCACAACUACCUGUCCCCGUACAAGUUGGACGACACCCACUACAAGAGUGGAAUGCGCUCCAACCAGCCGAUCGAGCUGACGAUAGAUACGCAGCGAGCAAUCGCCGCUGGAUGUGUCUUCUUCGUCACGGAGACCGACGGCGUCCUCACACGUGACAAUGUGCCGCCCGAUUGUGUGCUGUCCGCCGUCGACACCAGCAAGAAGAACCUCCCGCUCUAUGUCGCCGAGCACAAAGAAGCCGCCCGCGAGGGUGAGCCAGAGCGCAUCUUCCGCGCCAAGCGCGACUAUGAGGAGGCCGCAGCAGCAAGCUCAUCAUCGGCACCGCCUCCAAAACAGGCGGCUAUCGCUCCCAAAGCGAUUGCUUCAAAGAAGAUGCCGAAGGUGGCUCCCAAGCCCGCCGCAAUCGCCGAAAAAGACGAAAGCAUGGACUUGGAUGAAGCCACCCGCGAGGGUGAGCCUGCUGAUGAUGCUGGUGCAUUCGACCCUGACGAAACCAAGGUUGAGGUUGAGGUCGAGGUCGAUGAAGGCGAUACGACGGAUGCGGGUGAGGAUGAGCCAUACCCACUUGGCUCACACCCAUGCCGUGAGUGCGCAGCAGUCGUUGCCAAUGGCAUGCUGUUCUGCCUCCGUUGCAAGGCUCCCCAGACGGACGACUCCAAAAAGAUCACGAAGCGAGUCUUUGAGAAUUCGAGACUUCGCCAGCGCCUUCUUGCCACCGCUGCAACCGGAGCCCAGAAGCCCAUCGACGAUCUCCUUGCGAGUGACCUUCGAGGCCUGGGCGAGGGACCAAAGAAGCGUGGUCAGAUGAGCGCAGAGGCUGCUGCCAUUCGUGACGCCAAAGACCGAAAGAUCAGGGCCGCCAAGUUGAACUUUGACACCGUGUCAGACCGCUUCGAGAAGGAUGCGCAGUUCAACGUGAGGAUGAUGCAAGAGGGCCGCAACUUCGAGGACAUGCAGAAAUUCGAUCACCUGUCGAACGCUGUGCUUCCCGAUCCAGGACGCAGCGAGGAGCAGCGCUACUUGCGUGCCGGCUCCCAUUAUGGUGGUGGCAAUGUCCCGCCUGCGAAGUUGGUCUAUUAUGCCCACUGCGAAGUGGAGCCGUUGAGGAACUUGCGGUUUAUCGAUGAUACCGCGGAUGUCCCCAUCGGCUUGACCUACCUCGGUGCAUUCCUCCCUCCGCGACUCUAUGCUGAGGUGGCAGCAGUGAAUGACGCUGCGAAAAGGAUCCUGACUUUCGACGGCGAGGUCUAUGUGUCGGCUACCACAACUGAAGGCAUCACAACUGAGAUCGGACAGAUUCUUACCGAUAGCCUCCGUAGUGCUCAGAACCAGACAGACCAAACGGAACGUUUGGCAGAGCGCAAUCGCCAGGCUGCAGUCCAGAAUCGCCCAUCCCAAAAGGGACGCGGUCGCACGACAGCACCUGAGCCAAUGUACAGAGGCUAUACUCAGGCCCAGUGGGACGAGUACUAUCGCCAGCGUCGUGGAGGUUACACUCAGGCCGAGUGGGGCUUCCCCGUUGUGCUUUAUAAAUGCUCGCUUUGGCAAGUCUUCAAAAUCGUUGAAGCCCAGGGCAACCUGGCGCACCUCAGGUCAGACAUUAAAAUGAAGAAAGAGCACGUGGUCUACACCACCGCCAAUGGUGUGACCAUCAUCGGAUACUCUGACAUGCCGGCGCGCAUGUCCAACCAGGCCAGCACCAUGUAUGCGCAGAACAUGUGCAACCUGCUGCGCCACAUCCACGGCAAGGAAAAGGCCGCAGCGUUCAUGAAGAACCUGCUUGGGGCUCUGGAUGCAGGCGAGGAGGGAGACAUCGUCGCCCGAAGCAUCGUCUGCAGUAGGGACGGCCAGCUGGUGAAGAUGCCGCCGCCCCCUCAGCCCACGCCGGUGAAGCCGAAAGCCGCAGCGCCGACCGCCGACAAGAAGGCGGCAGCCAAGGAGGAGCCGAUGAAGGCUGCCCUGAUUGGGGCCGUGGUCCUGACGAUCGGCGUCGGCUGCAUGCUCGCCAUGGGCGAAGGCGUGAAGACCUCGUUGCUGACCACUUUCCUGCUUGCUGGGGCUGCAGGUUAUCAGGCAGUCUGGGGUGUCGCGCAUGCGCUCCACACUCCGCUGAUGUCGGUGACGAACGCGAUUUCCGGGUGCACGGCCAUCGGCGGGCUCUUGUUGUUGGAGAAGACCGAGUCCGGAUUCGCUUGGUUCCUGGCGGCGCUUGCUGUGCUCGUCUCUGCAGUCAACAUCUUCGGCGGCUUCGUCGUGUCCCAGCGCAUGCUGGACUUGUUCAAGAAGCCGGGUGACAAGGAUUUCUCAGGAAUGAUGCUCUUCCCUGGCGUUGUCUUCCUCCUGGUUGCCUUGACCCGCCCAGAGCUGCUGAAGACCGUCACCACCGUCUCUGCUCUUCUCUGCGUGGCCGCCAUCGGUGGCCUCGCCACGAUGUCCACGGCCAACAUGGGCUGCAAGUUCGGAAUUGUGGGAGUCUUCGGUGCCAUGGUGGCCACGAUGGUUGAUCUUUCUGAGGAAAACCUGGUCGUCAGCUCCAUUCUGCUCGCCAUCGGCGCGGCAGCAGGCACCACCCUGGGUAUGAAGGUGUCCCCCAUCGCCCUUCCCCAGACCGUCGCUGCCUUCCACUCCCUGGUUGGCCUCGCAGCCAUGUGCACCUCCAUCGGCUCCUUCGUCAACCGAGCCUUCACCGAAGAUCCGGUCGCGGUGAUCGGUGCUGGGCUUGGCGGCUUAGUGCUUGCCAAGACGAUUCUCACGGAGGGCGCAGGCAACAUCGAGGUUCAAGUCUAUGAGGCUUGGGAUUCGUGGAAGACCCGUGGUGGCUCACUCAACAUGGCCCAAGGGGCGAAGAUCCUGAAGAAGCUGGGCCUGGGAGACGUGCUCGAGGCGAAGUCCAAUGCACCGAAAGAGAUGAAGUUCUUCUUCGAUGGCCAGGUCGUGGCCUCCUCGGACAUCGAUACGGUGAAGGGUCCCCGCAUUACCAUGCGCAAGGAUUUGCAGAGCAUGCUCGUUGACAGCAUGCCGCCUGAUACCUUCAAGUUGGGCCACAAGCUUGUCGAGAUCGCCGAGAACAGAGAGGGUGUCGUCUUGACUUUCGAGAACGGAGUGACAUGCACAGCCGAUCUGGUGGUUGCUGCCGAUGGCAUCCACAGCGUGGUGAAGAGAAAGAUCUUCAACGAUGACAAGCCUGAGCACACAGGCUUCCGAUGCUUGUACGCCCUCUGCUCCAAAGAGAUCCGCUCGGACCCUGGAAUGAUGCAGAUCAACUGGUACGAAGUGGGGGACAAAGGCUACCACGUCGUGGACUGGACGGCUGGCUCGGGUGAGAGUCGACAUGAUGCUCACCUCCUGGCUUUCCGCAACGAUGAGCUGGUCAGUGAGAAGUGGGACUCCACGAUUGUCAAAGACAAGAUGAAGGACAUGACCAAAGAUAUCCUCUCGCAGCAUCCGACCCUCGGCGCUGCCAUCGAGAAUGCCGACAUCUGCUUUGAUUGGGGCGUCUACUCCCAGCCGAAGCUGCCUUCUUGGAUCUCUCCUCUUGGAAAGAUCGUGCUCCUGGGCGACGCUGCCCAUGCCACCGCUCCCUUCAUGGGCCAAGGUGCAAACAUGGCAAUGGAGGACGGCUGGGUGCUCGGAAAGGUCCUGCUGAACGUGAAGGCAGAUGGAUUCUCACUCUUGGAAGCUCUGCAACACUACGAGUUCAAGCGCAGGGCCCACUGCGAGGGCAUCGUGAGCAAGAGCACCACGAUAGGAGGCAUGAACACCUCCACGGGUUUCAAAGCUCGAUUCCGAAACUUCAUCGUGCCCUUCAUGCUGAAGAAGACGCAAGCCGACCUUUGCGUGGAUCCCACGGAGGAAGCCACGAUGGAGAACACCUCCGCCAUCCUCGGCGACUUCAUCGGUGGCGUGACCCUGACCGGCAGCCUUAUCGCAUUCGGCAAGCUGAAUGGAAACCUCAGCUCCAAGGAGCUGUCUCUGCCGGGCAAGAACUACCUGAACCUCUUCGGCCUCUUCUUGUUCAUCUUCUUCAUGUACCUCUUCCUCCAGCCAGGCAGCGAGCACGGAGUUAUGAACCUCUGGCUGGUGGCCAUCCUGGCUUGCCUCAUGGGCCUGCAUUUGGUGGCCAGCGUGGGCGGCGGUGACAUGCCUGUGUGCAUCACCGUCCUGAACUCCUACUCCGGUUGGGCCCUCGUUGCCGAGGGUUUCCUGCUCGACAGCAACGUGCUCACCAUCGUGGGUUCUUUGAUCGGCUUCUCCGGAGCUAUCCUGACCAAGAUCAUGUGCGACGCGAUGAACCGAGACAUCUUCAACGUCCUCUUCGGCGGCCUCAACAACGCCCCUGUGGUGAAGGGCGCUGACACCGGCCCCAAGGAGCACGUGGAGUGCAGCGUGGAACUCUGCGCCGACAUGCUGGUGAACGCCAAGGAGGUUUUGGUCGUCCCUGGCUACGGCAUGGCCAUGGCCCGUGCGCAGACGCCCAUGGGAGAGUUGGCGUCGAUGCUGCGCAAGAACAACAUCGUCCUGAAGUUCGGUGUUCACCCUGUUGCCGGGCGCAUGCCGGGUCAGAUGAACGUGCUGUUGGCAGAGGCUGGGGUGCCUCACGAGUGGGUGCUAGAGAUGGACGAGGUGAACCCAGACAUGGAAAACUUCGAUGUGGUCUUGGUUAUGGGCGCCAACGAUGUUGUGAACUCGGCAGCCCAGGAGCUAGAGGGCUGCGCAAUCUGGGGCAUGCCCGUCAUCGAGGUCUGGAGGGCCAAGAAGGUUAUCUUCUGCAAGCGAUCCAUGGGCGGAGGCUACGCAGACCUCGACAACCCCGUCUUCUACAAGUCCAACACUGAGAUGCUCUUGGGAGACGGCAAGAAGACGGCCGAUGCUCUCGUCACAAAGGUCCGGGAGCGUCUGGAGAAGGUCUAA